CUUCGCCUAUCGUCGCGAUUUGUCCCGCUCUUUGCAUUGUACGAGCUAUUCAUUCUUCUCUCCUCUUCUGAUGCCACGAACAGGACGCCAUUGUCGUUGAUGGCACCAAUCAAUGCUGUCGGAUAGUGUCUUCUCACAUAGAAUAUGAGGAGUCUCCUUGCCCCCAUCUCAUUUCAAGAAAUCUCAUGCCUCGUACCAGACCAACAUGAACAUCCAGUGGUCUGAUAAUGUCACGAAUCCGCAAAAAGCGAAACGGCGCUCUCGUGUGCAAUCUGCUUGCCAGAGGUGUCGACGACAGAAAUUAAAGUGUGAUGCUGAUCGUCCCUGCUCAUUAUGUGUGCGCUCGGAAGUACCUUGUAUAUCAGAUGCUCCAGAGCGUGCACCAAGGCGAAAGCGACAGAAGCGCGUCCAUCCGUUGCCAGAGGUUCCAGCCAACGCCAAGCGGGAUGGUGAUUUGAGCGUCAAGUCACCGCGGCUCAACACAGAAUCGACCUCAUCUCACUCGAGUCCUACAAGCGACAACGAUGUUCAUGUUGUGGAUGUGGGCCCAGGAGAUCCGUCAGCGGGCACGAAGGAGCCCGUUAGCUUUGAUCAGGUGUCGCCCGAUGACCCCCAGGCAUAUGUCGAACGCGUGUCCUCGGUCGGCUUCACACAACAGAUUAUCGAUAGCUUCAGUCCGGACACAGUACUGGUAGCCUCAACUUCUGCUUUGCCUGGAGGUAUCAGAGUUCCUGAAGCUCUCAAGAGCAAAUUAAAGGAUGAAAUUCCACUAAAUCAGGUGGUGGGCUUCGAGCUGCCACCUAAAAAGAUCACGGAUUACCUCCUCGACUCGUAUCUGGAUACAGUGCACUGGUUCAUGUGCCUAUUCCAUGCACCGACCCUACGCGUCACGUACGAGACUUUGAUGACCUCUCGACGAUGCCCACGAUCUCGCUCCAAUCAGGUCAUCUUCAUACUGGUCCUAUUAUGGCUUGGAGCAAGAUACGCUAAUGUAGACGAUGUUCGACGCAAGUUCCCCAACUUCGAUCUGGACAAAUUUGAGACCCAGGCGCUCAAGGGCGUCGAGGACAACAUGAAUGGUCUUUAUGAAGCAGCUGGCCUCGAAGCUGUCCAGGUGUGCUCCUUGCUUGGAAGCUACUACGUCUACAAUGGACGUCCCAAUUUGGGCUUCAUAGUCCUCGGUGCUGGUCUUAGAUGUGCGCAACUCAUGAAUCUCCACAAGGAAUCUUCAUGGCGCAAACUUCCUGACAUCGUCAAGGAGGACCGUCGACGAACGUUCUGGGCACUAUAUAUCCUGGACUGCUUUUGUGCAAUGACCUAUGGUCGUCCACAGGUGAUUGUACCUGGUGAGAUGGACGUCAAAUUCCCUGCCAACAUUGGAGACUCCAAUAUUACCCACCCUGCCUUUAGAUCGACUGCGAGAAUGCCUGAUGGAUCAGUCGAAAAAGUUACGACCUUCUCAUAUGUCAAGUACAAAGUCAAAUUGUAUCAGAUCUCUUCGUCUCUUAUUGGCGACGUUUAUUUUCAUCGGAGCUCUAAUAUCGCUGAGCUAGCCAGCAGGGUGUCUCGAAUCCAUGACGAAUUGGUCAGCUUUCGCGACAGUCUCCCUCCUGAGAUGAAUUUAGAGGAGCUCUGUCGCGACCCUUCGGAGCCGGCCACGGAUGAAACACGCCCAUUCUUGCUGCAAGCUCUCGCUUUGCAGAUCGCGUACGACAAUAUCCAGAUACUCCUUCACCGACCAUUGUUCUCCCAAGAUCUGAGAGACUUUAAGCCUUCGGCCAAUGACAUCGCUAAAGAUCCCGGCUACCUAUCAGACGGAAAUGAAUCAUUAGGAGGAGGACCUGAAGCUAAGCAGGAUGUUCAUGACAUCCUCGUAUCGAGUCGAGACAACUGCUGGGAGUCAGCUAUCCGGUCAUCGAAACUCGGAAAGUACCGCCAGCCUUUACUCCUCGCUCGCGAGAGACAUGCGGCGGCUUUUCUCGGCAUCAACCUUUUCACAGCUGGGAUGGUCCUUUGCGUCGUUGCUCUGUCACGACCUCUUUCAUCACAAGCUCAGAUCGCCAAGCAGGCAGUUGCGCGAAUCAUGUCUCUCUCGCGAUUUCUUUCGACUAGAGUCAACAUCUCAGGAGAAACGACCAAGAUCCUGAAAGACCUCGUACGGUUGAUUGGCAACAAAGAGAUUAAAGCCAUGCUUGCUGAUGCUGAGAUGCUGGAGCCUGAAUCCAAGUCAAGAUCAAAUCGACCCUCAAAACAGACUUCAUCACGAACAACUCGUAUUAACGAAGCACGACCUGUCACAUCGACGUCCCAACAAGGGUCUCUAGACGACCUGCCCAAAGCGAUAGAUCUCAAUUCGAUGGAUCUGCAACCUGUGAACAACGAGAUCCUUCCGGACUUUGGAACGAUUGAUACUACGUUACAAUUCCCCGGCUUCGAGAAUAUGGAUUUUAACAAUGGUAUCUAUAGUUUACAGCAAGCAAUGUUCCCACCUUCGACCAACCCAACGCCUGAAACGGCAGCUCCAAUUCUCGCGGACGGGGCUCAGAUGGAUCCAUGGAACGUAGACUCGUACAACAACGGCAACACGACCACACAAGCCCCAUUCUCCACUGACAGUGUUGGCAGUGAGAGUGGUGGACUGAUGGGAUCUGACCCGAGCUUGAUGAACACAAUGGGCCAAACAUGGUUGUGGGACAGUUUCUCGCCCAAUGUCUCGUGGUAAGAGGGGGAGGGUGAAAUUCAGUUGAGUUGCAUAAAAGUCCCACAAAUGAGUAUCAAGUUUGAACCUCUGGAACGUCUCACUAGGAAAAACGGGUAUGUGUCGGAGCAAGACAUGCCAUCAUCUCAAGUGGAUACGGUAGAGAACACUUGAAACCAACGUGGCAGAAGACACGAUAUGCUCUGCUCAAGUAAUGCCAUAUAGUCCUAAUGAUCUACCGUGAAUUUCUCA